UCCGCGCUUAGUGUUAGUUAACGUCGCGCCACUGCUUGGGAUUGGGCUCAUGUCAAAUAUUCGCCUCGAAAUUUUCUUAUUAAAAAGUAUCGAAUACGUGAAGCACUAGAACCACGCAUACAAACAUUCCUAUGAAUUCGGGAUUAGCCGACCAUUGAAUAUGGAUGCGCAAACCUUUAGAGAGUUCGGCAAAGCUGCUGUGGACUUUAUAGCCGAUUACAUGGAAAAUAUUCGCGAUUGUGAUGUUCUACCAUCAGUCGCUCCAGGCUACUUGUUCGACGUGCUACCAAAAGAGAUACCAGAAAAACCAGAACAAUGGCGAGAGGUGAUGCAAGAUAUCAAUAAAUUCAUUAAACCCGGCAUAACACACUGGCAGUCGCCGAACUUCCAUGCAUUCUACCCAACUGGCUGCUCCUAUCCAUCGAUUGUGGGCGAUAUGCUGGCUACUGGCUUUAGCGUAAUCGGUUUUAAUUGGCUCUGUAGUCCAGCUUGUACGGAACUGGAGGUGAUCGUCAUGGACUGGUUGGCGAAAUUUCUCAAACUACCCGAACACUUUCUACACUCUACCAAAGGGCCUGGUGGCGGCAUUAUACAGGGAUCUGCAAGUGAGGCUGUGCUUGUCGCCGUCAUGGCGGCACGCGAGCAAACCGUACGUCGCGUGAAAGCCAAACAACCAGAUUUGAGUGAAGUUGAGAUACGGGCUCGCCUCAUCGGCUAUUCAAGCGAUCAGAGCAAUAGCUGUAUUGAGAAGGCCGGCGUGCUAGCCACUCUGCCCAUACGGCUGUUGCCAGCCGAUGAUAAUCAAAUUAUGGGCGGCGCGCAGUUGGUAAAAGCAGUGAAAGAAGACCUGGCUAAAGGGCUUAUACCCACUAUCUGCAUUGCAACGAUGGGGGCGACGGGCACCUGCGCUUACGAUGAUAUCGCGACACUGGCGUCUGUUUGCGAGGAGCACAACAUCUGGCUACACGUCGAUGCUGCUUAUGCGGGCGCUGUUUUGUCGCUGGAUGAGUAUGCGUAUCUGCGAUGCGGGCUUGAGCGCGUGGAUUCACUCAACUAUAAUCUGCACAAAACACUGCUGGUGAAUUUCGAUUGCACGGCAAUGUGGCUGCGCGACGCAAAUCAGGUUGUGGACAGCUUUAAUGUGAAUCGUAUUUACCUGCAAAACAAGUACAACGGACAGACAGAUAUACCGGAGUUCCGACACUGGCAAAUACCGCUGGGUCGUCGCUUUCGCGCGCUAAAAGUGUGGGUCACAUUUCGCAUCUACGGUGCCGAAGGCUUGCGCGAGCAUGUGCGCAAACAAAUACGCUUAGCAGAGCGUUUUGAACGACAUAUCUUGUCGGACGCACGCCUGGAGUUGGUGGCUAAACGAUCAAUGGGUUUGGUCUGCUUUCGAGUGAAGGGUGACAAUCAGUUGACCACAGAUCUACUGCAAUGUGUGACAGAACGCAAGAAAAUCUAUAUGGUACAGGCGGCAUUUGGCGGCAAGAAUUUUAUUCGCUUUGCGGUGUGUGGCGUGGAUCCGAAGGAAGACGAUAUAGACUUUGCGUGGCGUGAAAUUGAAGAACAGCUAAAUAAAUUGCUUAAAGAAGAGAACAGAGGAAAUGUAGGUACGAGUAAUGUGGAAGAGCACAGUGGCAAGCAGAGUUCUAACUUGAGUACGCAACAGGUGCAUCGAAAAGAUUGCGUAGGCCAUAUUAGCCAACAACUGAGCACUGGACUGCAUAUAGCGGUUGGUGCGGAAGAGAAAGCCCAAUGAAUGCUUCUGAUAUGCUAAGUUUUUUUUUUUUUUUAAUUAUUUUUAAUGUAUAAAAUAUACAAAUUUAUUUAAGGCUUAAAAUUCAUGUUUCACUUAUUUGGAGAUUGUUUGGAUUUUUGAAAGAUACCUUAAUU